AUGGUACAAGAUGCAGGAGGUGGUUCUCGGGAGGCCUGGGUGUCCCUGGCUGCCCCCCACACUGGACGCAGCCGGGACCAGCGGCGCCCCCUGUGGUGGGCUGAGGCAGCGCCGGCUGAGUGGCUCUGCCCGUGCUCCGCCUGCUCCCCCAGUCAGCCCCACACACUCUGGACCCCCAACUGCCCUGCAGAGGAGGAAGACUCCGCCUCACGACCACCGCAGCCAGAGGCGCAGUGCAGCGUGCAGUCCCAGUGGCGAGUUGCGACGUUCCAGAGGUCGAGCUCCGUGAUAGCAGCCCAGCACUGCGGCGCUCUACGUCCUCCUGUAGCAGUGAGUGUCGAGCUGAGGGAGACGGAGCGGCCGAGAGGUCAGCGCCUGCACGAGUGGCGGCCGCCCACCGUACUCUCCGCCACACGCGAUAUCCGGCAAACAGCAGACACAGAAUCGUCCACAAUGGAAGCAGUGCAAGAGGUCAGCUUGGGCGCCCUGCUGGACGCUGGGGACGGCGCCGUGGUGACUCUGGUGGCCGGCGACACGCGGCUGGUGGCGCACAGGGCCGUCCUGGCCGCCAGGAGCCCCGUGAUGGCCGCCAUGUUCCGCCACGGCACGCCGGAGGCCAGCAGCGGCCAGCUCGAAGUCCCUGACGUGGAGGGCCCGGUACUGCAAGAGCUGCUGGGCUGCCUCUACACCCUGCAGGCGCCCCAGCUGCCCGGCAUGGCCCACCAGCUGCUGGCCGCCGCUGACAGAUACGGAGUGUCCGUCCUGAAGGCAGAGUGUGAGCAGCAGAUGGCCGCACAGCUGUCCAUCGAGACUGCGGCGGCCACCGCUGUCCUCGCGAUUAGGCACUCUGCUGACAGCCUGAAGCAGGCUGCCGUCGCCUACAUUAAGGCCCACUUGGUGAGUGUGAUGGCCACGCAGGCCUGGGCAGAUGCAAUGCAUAGCCAGCCUGAAGAUUUGAUCGAUGUGUGUCGGCUGGUAUCUGAUCCACCAGUGGAAGGCAGGUGA